AUGGAGCUCAUGUUUGCACAGAGCCUUCAGGAAUUUUCAGCACCAGAACAUCAGCAAGGCAAGUGGCUAGAAUACCAUAUUCAUGGAGGAACAAAUACAGAGUUCUCACUGGCAACAAGCAUCACCAUGCAGGGAUCACAGUCUGAUUGCAGGAAUUCUGGUGAUGCACCACAGACAAGUGCUGCUGCCAAUGACCUCAUAAGUAUCCAGAAGAAGUCUCACAAGGAGACUCUCAUGCCCACAGUUGCGUUAGAGGUUCCCUACACUUACAUCUUAGCCCAUCCUUCUGUUGUCACAAGUGUAAUAGAUGGGAUAUCCUACACCAUUGGGCUAGGUCUGCAAAGACUUUCCCCUCCAUAUGGACGAGGCGUCCAGAUGAUUGAGGCCAAUUUCUCUGUGCAACACCCAUAUUUUAACACAAGUUCCUCCGGAUCUCCUGACCUUAUGCUCAUCAAGUUGAGCAAACCAGCUGUGCAAUCAGAUACUGUCCGUAAGAUCCCCAUCGUCUCCACUUGUCCGAUAACUGGAAGCACGUGCUUGGCCUCUGCCUGGGGUCGACUACUAGAUUUCCAAUAUACUGACGCCCUGCACUGUACGCUUCUUCGAGUGCAUUCACCCAAGACCUGCAAAGCAGUGUUUGGGGACAUGUAUGAGGACAGUAUAUUCUGCGCUGGUGGUGAAGGCAACAGGAAUAGUUGCCAGGGAGACUAUGGAGAGCCCUUUGUCUGUCAUGGGUUUCUACAGGGCAUUGUUUCUUCAGAAUUCAAUUGUGGUCAACCUGGACUCCCAAGAGUCUACACCAACGUCUGCAAAUUCACAUGUUGGAUAGAUACCACUAUCUAUAGCAGCGAGAUGUGA